AUGGGUCGUAUAAAACUUUAUCUAAACAAGAAGAGUAAUGAAUUACUUGCUGUUAAAUUGAAAAUGAUUGAAAAAUUUGAUAAAUUACAUUCAAAAUAUUCACGCGCAAAUGCAAACAUGUUCGAAUAUGUCAUUCAUCAUGAAAAAGACAAAAUUAUCAAUAUUACAAAUGAAUUAAGGAUUGAUAUGGAAAAAGAAUGGUUUUUACUUGAUUAUCUUUAUGCUAAAUUAUCAUUCAAAGAAGAUAUACUCGACUACGAUCUUGUUAAACCAAUACUUGAAGAGUAUGAUGAACGAAUUAAUGCCGAACAAAUAGAUUUGAGUUCGGAAUUACAAAUUCGAGAUCUUUCAUUUCGAUAUGAAGGUAAACGAGAAGCAUUCCAUUUACAAUUUCAUGGUUUAUUAACAUUCAAAAUGGGAGAAGCCAUAUUAAUUACGGGAAAAAGUGGAGCAGGUAAAUCGACUUUCUAUGAUAUUUUAAAUGGUUCAAUACCCGUAAAGGAUUAUUCGGCUAAGAUAAACAUUGACAACAGACAAGAAUCAAUGACUCUUCAUUCAAUUGAAAAGUGUCGAACAAUGGUUUUACAAGAUAGUGACAUGGAUUAUCGAUCGACUAUCUACAGUAUGAUCACUGAUAUUGACGAAGAUGAAGUGAAACAAAAGAGAACGUCAGAACUCGAUUCACUCGUAUGGGAAUUUCUUCGUCUCGUUCAAAUUGAUGAUUUUGUUCAAAAUGAAUUCAAUGGAGAUCUAGAUGAAGCAAUGGAAAAUAAACUUAGUGGUGGACAAAAGACACGAUUAUUAUUGGCACGUGCCUUGUAUCGUGCUCAUCAUCGCCAUGCUUCUCUACUUAUUCUUGAUGAACCUGAUCAAGGUUUACCUGCUGAGACGACAGUGAACAUUAUUGACAAUAUUAUGAAAUGGUAUCGAUCCAAGGGUAUUCUUAUUCUAACGUUACACACUGAACGAGCACAUUUACUCAACUUUGAUCAAAUUCUACAUAUUGAAGAAGGAAUUAUAACAAAGAUUAAAUAG